AUGGCCAACUCAAAAUCAAUGAACACUGACCCUGCGGAUGCUCUCCAGGGGCUUAUCAACGAUGCGCUCAUUCAAACUGGAAAGGCUUUGAAAUCAUGGAGUAAAGACGGCCGACACCAAGUUCAGGCGCAGAUUUCCAUGCAAACCAAGAUGCCUGAAAUCAUCGAGAGCUUCCACUGGAAACUGGACGAUCUGGAGAGCGAGAUCAUCAGAGCAAAGGCAGUUCUGCAAAGAGACCUGGAUAGAAUCCAAGAACAGAGGCGACCAGCGCAGCAACCGGCCCCAGUGGAAGCGCAGACCAAAUCACCAAUGGCGAUCGAUCUCGACUCCUCUCGUGAACCCUCUCCAGACCGUAAGCCACAGAUCACGGAGGCUUCCGGGCCGCACAGGGUCCCCGCAGAGCCGAGCGCAGCUCCAUCGAUGGCCCCCUUUCCCGACAUGGGCGUCAGCUUUCAGCCGCCGGUGGAAUCUAUCCAUGCAAUCAAACAGGAGCCUGCACCAGCACCGGCACCGGCACCGCCAGCGAUGAUGGCGCCUAUGGAUAUCAAGUCCGAAGCGAAGCAGGACUCAGCUACCGCGCAGCCCCAACAGUCCGGGGCGCCUGAAGCCCCGAUGGAUGACCUCUUCGGUCUUGGUGGCGACGCGGACGGCGGCCCGGAGACCAACAACUCGGAAUUCCACUUCACCGACAUGACAUUCAGCCUGGCUCCGCCAAAUAACGACUCUCAGGGUCAGCCCCAAUCUCAAGACGCGAACAUGGAUAUGUCAUUCAGUUCCGGUGACAUCGGCGGCGACCUCUUGUCUCUCGACAGCUUGCUUCCGCCUGACAAUACCAGCAGUAAUGUGAAAUCGGAACCAGCAAUACCCGCAGCACCGGGUGGAAAUGCGCCAGCGCCAGCGAACAACCAAGACAAGCCUGUCGAGGCCAAGAUGGAGAAGCAGGAUUCUAACUUGGACGACCUGUUCAAUCUGGAUAGCAACACGAACCUCGAGGGGAUGGACCUCGACAUGUAUUUCGACGAUACGGAGACUGGCAAUUUCGACGAUGCCUUCUUUGACAUGUAG